ACUUCUUAUCCAUCCUUCGAAACGAAAGAGAAAAAGAUUAUUAUCAAAAACUGUUUAUGGUAUUCCACACAAAUAAAUUUAAACUAAUAUGGAGGAUUCGUCUGCUCUUAGCCCAAUCUCUCUUCUCACCAUUGCCACCUUCUUGUUCAUUCUCAAUCUCAUGAUGAUGAUCCAAGACUUCUCUUCAUAUUUUCCCUAUCCUCUACAGCUCUUCUUCUCUAAUGCAUACAUUCUCUUUGCAUCAACAAAAGACAUGAAGAUAAAUAUGAUCGAGCUCCCAAUCAUUAAGAAAGUUUUCGUACCAAGUCGAGUAGAUAACAACAAGAUGUCGGUGGAAGAAGUCAAGGUGAUGAUCGAUGACUCGGAAGUCUUAUAUGAACGUUUGAUAGAAGAAGGGGAAGAAUACUUACUCGAGAAGACUGAAAUGACGGGUAAGGAGAUAGUGAAGAAGGCGUUUAGACUGUUUGAUGAGAAUCAAGAUGGGUUUAUAGAUGAAAACGAGUUGAAACAUGUUUUUUGUUUAUUAGGAUACGACGAGUGUACAAAGAUGGAGUGUAGGAAAAUGGUUAAGGUUUUUGAUGAGAAUAGAGAUGGGAAAAUUGAUUUUGAUGAGUUUGUGAAGCUCAUAGAUAAGAGUUUCCCUUGAAACAGACCGAAACAAAAUUUAAUUUUAUGUUCAAACUAAUUGAUGAUGACACGUCUAGUAUACUUUCCUUUUUCUUUUUGUCGUCGUCUAAUAACGUUGUACUUGCCCAUUUCUUUUGAUUUACACUUCAUAAAAAGUUAUAAUUACGAAUA